UUAUAACAAAGAUGGAUAUAAAUUAUAAUAUGAAUAAAACAGUACUUUUGCUAUCUAUUCUUUUCUGUCUUAUUGUGACUGUGUCAGCUCGUCUCGAAAUGGUCGCUGAGAUAUGUAGACAUGGCUCAAGAGUUCCUCAGAGGGAUACUUUUGGGACUAAGUAUAGCAAUGGACUAGGAAUGCCAACCCCUUCAGGGCUCAGACAACAUUACUUACUUGGAAUAGAACUGAGGCGUAGAUAUAUGAAAGGAUAUCCUAAUGUUCAUCAGCUUGUUGACCCAGUAUUCGAUCUGAAUGAGGCUCAUGUACGGUCAACCCAGACUGCUAGAACUGUUCAAAGUGUCUACUCACAGUUAUUAGGACUUUUCCCAGUUGGUAUAGCUGAUGAGUUAGAACCUGAGUUAGCUGAUGUAGCGAUUCCACUUAUCAAACUUCCAAACCUUGAUAGUGUUGUUGAUAGCCUCGGCUCUGAAGCUAUUAAGGCUGGAAUGCAGCCUGUUUCUGUUAGGAAUUUUCAUCGGGAUGUUGAUAGAUUCCUAGCUUUUGGUGAUUGCCCAUACAUGUCAAACGACUUCAUUCGUAGAAGUGAAGAUCCUGAAGUCUGGAAGGAAUUAGAUGAACAAUUCAGACCCAUAAUUUUCAACCAGAUUGCUCAAGCAUUUGGGCUUAACUCUAAUGAUCUCAAGUUUAUGAAUAUCUUAGACCGUCUUGAAGCUCUUUAUACAGAAGAGUUUGAAGGAAAAUUGACAAGGUUUGACUUCACUGAGGAAGAAUGGAAGAUUGUCCGAUCAAUGCAAGUUCCUCAUUUACUGAAUCAUUUGAGCCCAACUUCUAGCCAAAUAAUGGCUAUUAGACAUCUGAACCCCAUUCGUGAGCUUAUGAGAUCUCGUAUGGGAAGAGAUUUUAACGAAACUCUUGCAGGAGAUUUUAAUAAUGCAAAAUUACUAAUUCUCUCUUCUCAUGCUUAUCAAAUGUCACAUAUUAUUAAUGCUUUGGCAGCAGAGAACCUUGAAUUAGAUCACAUUGACUUUGCUUCAACGUUGAUUUUUGAGCUUCAUAGGAAAGAUUCAAGUGGAUGUGAGACUUCCACGUCAGAAAGCUGCUUCUCAGUAAAGAUUUUCUACAACGACCUUCAGCUUAAACUACCUAGCUGCAGGAACAUAGACUGCACAUUUAAGGAGUUUCUUAGACACCUCAACAACUUAGAUGUCACCGAAGAUGCCAUGCAUGAGCUAUGUUUCUCUGAAGACCUUCUGACCGGUUAUGGGGAAGUUACAAAUCUUGACUAA